ACCUGUGCUGCUGCCUCAUUAUCCUCAUGUUUCUGUCACAACUCAACUUUGUAGCAAACUACACUUAAGUUUCGAUACCGGGAAAGUCGUUUAUCUGUUAGGGGAGAGAAACAUUUUCUUGUUAAACAGCCUUUCCGCAGAUAUUCAAACAUCCACAUUAGUGUUUUUAUUUUUUUAACAAUCUUCGUAGUUUUGUGGAAGCCUAUGGAUGAGGAUGAGGCUGCAGCUGCAGCUGCAGAGCAGCAGGAACAGCUGAGCUCGACCUCCGGCGGACCAGCGGACCCUCCGCCGGCCGCUGGCCGCCCAGCAGGCGCGGAGAGCCGGGUGUCGGGCUCCGCGACCCCCCGCUCCCCCCACGGCGGCCCCGCCGGGGACUCGUGCCUGGACCUGUUUAGAACCAGGAAGUUUUUCGUGCUGCGGCCGGGCACUCUCACCCAGGCCAUCAGGGACGUGGAAGCUCUGGUGAACACGGAGGUCGACGGCAGCGUCCACGGUAUCUGGCUGAUGGCAGAGGUGGAUCACUGGAACAAUGAGAAGGAGCGUCUUGUUGCCAUCACAGAUAACUCUCUGCUCAUCUUCAAAUACGACUUCAUUUUGUUCCGCUGUGAACAAAUCCAGCGGGUCCAGCUGAACUUUGUGGACCGCAUCGCUCACGGCACCUUCAGCUUCCCAAAGCGCUCCGUGCUCCAGAGAGACGGGGAGGGCGUGCGUGUGUUCUGGGACCGGCUGAGGGAACCGUCCUUCACCUCCAGGUGGAACCCCUUUGCCACCGACUUCCCCUUCGUCACCCUCAUCCCUCACCCCGUCAGGAACAUCAGUGACAGCUUCUCUUCCCUCUGCGACAUUGAGAAGUUCUGCGAGCAGCUCAAGGACGCAGCAGGAAAGGCCCACGCCAUGAAGCCAGUUCCUGGGAAAGCUAACGGCGUGCUGAUUCUUCAGCAACCAAUCCACAUCGAGGCGUACGUGGGUGCCAUGUCUUUCCUUGGAAACCAGAAUAAACUGGGCUACUCCAUGGCCCGGGGAAACAUUGGUUUUUAAACCGCAGAGCACCGAGUUUGACGUGUCCGCCCGUCUUUACAAUGAUUGCACCCUAUGUUUAAAGUCAUUCCCUGGAAGUUUGAUUACAGCAGGUUAAUAAAGACUUGUGUUUCCCAGGAUGCCCCACAUGAGGCUUGUGUGAUAGCUCCCACCGCUCUUUACCAGCGAGCGGUGUGAGCACUUAGUAAUAUCCUCAUUUCAACACCACUCUUCACCAGAUGAUGGAUCUCCCCCCACUCCCACGCAACAUUGUAUUUGUUCUUCAGAAAAAUGGUAAUUCAACUCUUUCGCAACAAGAGUCUUUGCUCCCUCCCCCGGUAUCUGAGAGAAGCUCAUUCCCAUGCCAUUCAAGCUCCUUGCACAGUCACUGGAGCAAGGACGCAGGGUUGUUGACAUAGUCUUUUUUUUCUUUUGGCAGUGUAUUUUUUACAGUGUAUACAGUGGUGAAACUUCUCCUUGAAUUGUCUGCAUGCAUGUUUUCAUGUCACAUAUAACAGAAACAACAGGAGCCCGUACAAAACAUUGCAAAAAUAAAUAGAUAAAUUCCUAGUUUGUUUAA